AGAUCGAGUCCCGGGAUUCCGAGGGAAGAGGAUCUUUCUCUCUUCCCCGUGGUCAUGGCCAUGGCAGGGCCGGGGAGGCGGCAGGGGAACCCGGCGGGGUCAGCACCGCUUGGACAGGCUCCAGAGAGCCCCGGGGGCCCGGGCGCAGAGGGGGAAGAGCGCCAGGCUGGGUCGGGACUGGAGCCCGAGCCGGAGCCGGAGCCCGAGCCGGAGCCGGAGCCGGAGCCCGAGCCCGAGCCGGAGCUGGAGGAGGAGCUGGCAAAGGAUGAGGAGCAGUUGGAGCCGCGGGGUCCCCGCCCCCCGCCGCUGGUCCCGCCCUUGCGGGCCAGCCACGGGCUCAAGAGGAAGCCGGCCAAGGUGGAGGCUGAGCUGCUCCUGCAGCACGCUGAUUUGAGAAGGCCGCCCUUGAGAAGGGAAGACUCUGAUGGGGCACAAGGAGAGCCCUCCCCGCCGGCCAAGCAGCACAAAAAGGCCAAGAAGCGCAAGAGCCUCGGCGUGCCCCCGCCUUUGGCUACUGCCACCGUGGUGCCCACCCCGGCGGAAACCCUCGGGCUGGAGCGAAAAGCUCAGCGCCUGAGGCCUUUAUAUCAGUACAUCAACUACAGCAACCCGGAGUUGAACCAGGCUGGGGAUGGAGAAGCCGAGAUUGAAGUGGAACUGGGCUUGGUCCCAGACCAGACUCCUGGAGGCCCAGAGGAGGCAGGCGUGGAGAGACCACAGGCCUCGCCCCUAGGAGCGAUCCCCUCCGUGCUGGCUCCGUUUGCAGAGGAGGGAGUUGAAGAGCCUGUGCCCAUCCUAAGCUUCACCCCGAGCAGCCAGCUGAAGGCUGAGGUGGACAAGUCGACCCAGGUGGACAUCGACAAGAUGCUGAGUGUGUGUGCAGCACAUCUCGUUCCCCCGCUGUCCCCCCAGUACAAGUGACAGAACCUCUGCUGCCUGGCUGGCUCAGGCCCAUGCCCCCUGCUGCCAAGAGGCUCCGGGAAGAGGGGCACUUCACUGGGACUUUUGGCCAGAAGGGCCUCCUUUCUGUACCUAAAUACCCCUCUGCCCCCUUCUCCACUUGGUGGUAUUACUGGAUGAAUGCUUUCUGAAGCUUACUGGCAAUAAACAUUUUUAGCAAUU